GGACCCCACCGCCGACAUGUAAACGUCGGUCGAUCUUCUCUAAGCUGCUUAGAAAAACCAAAAGGGGAUGUGAAACAGAGAGCAUAACCUCGUUUGGUAACCACUCGAUCGUCUCCAUCAAAUAUGACGAGCGCAUCCGCCAAUUUCGACGUACCACCUCCUCCCCUCCCUGCACCGCCCCGCAGCGUGGAUUUGUCCCCUCUUAAAUUCGUUCUCGCUCUUGUUGCCGUUUUCACCGUCCCCGCCUUGGCAUACACCUUUUUUUUCUCCGUCAAAUGCCCUCUCAACCCUUUUCGACUCCGCCACCGGAGCUCCUCAGGCAGACACUCCAUAGAGACCGAUGGAAAUAUCAGCAACAGAGAGGUGGUUCCGGUUCCGGAUGUAAAGUUGGAGAAGGAAACCCGUGUCGAAGAUGUUGGCGCCGGCGGUAUGUGCAUCGUGUGUUUGUCUGUGCUUGGAGAUAACGGGAAGGAAGUGAAGCAGCUGAGUGCGUGCAAGCACUCAUUCCACGCUACUUGUAUUGAUAGGUGGCUCAAUAAUAAACCUAAUUGUCCGGUUUGUCGAGCUCCUUUUGCCGGUAAGCGUCCUGAUGGCACGGGCGGCUCGGCCGGUGAUGAAGACAGCCGGCAAGGUUUGCCGCGGGAUGCCUCUGAGCUGGUUUGACAUCAUGUAUAGCUAGAUUCUAGAGGUCUUUGUGUCUUUGUUUCUUGGGAGAUUAAAGAAUCUGUGAUAUGCUUGGGCAUGCAGAGCAAAAAAAGGAUGGGCAAUCAACCGUUUGCUUUUCUCCAAUUCACCGACAAAGUUGUAGCAUUUAAUUAAGAUUUUAGGCAUCAGCCAAUGUUUGACAUCAGCCAACGCACACCUUACGUGGCCUAAGUAAUUUUUUUUCCCUCCUUAUCCCUGCUGCACGUUCCCCUCUCAACUCUCACCCAUUUGAAAUUCGAGAUCCUCUCCCCCAUCCCCACCCACAGCGUCGCGCAUCCUCUCCCCCAACCCCCCUAAUCGCCCAUCUUCUGCAAUGGCUGCCCCGUCGCCGUCGACCCUCCCUCUGCCCAGCAAUCCCUCCAUUCCUUUACAUUUCCCCCAAAAUGUAUAUCAGCGACCUGCAAUUCUAGGUUAUUAUUUCUGCUGAAGAGAUCUACGGCCACUGCAGAGGUAUUUAUUCUUAUAAAUACUCUAGGGUUUGUGACAAAUUUGAAAUUGUAUGGUUUACUCCAUCUCUGUUUUUCUAUGUGAUUCAUAGGGUUUAGGCAUACAUUUUGAAGUCUGAUGUCUUUUUUAUCCUCAUUUGAAGUCUGAUGUCUUUUUCAAACUAAACUUGUAUGUAUACGAUGAAGAAAGUUUCUAACUUCAUGUUAAUAGAUUGAUGAAAAUUAUGUAAUUGUAUACUGCUUUCUUUAGUAAUCAUUGAAGUAACCAAGUCUAUGAAGUUCAUGCAUGUAAAUUGACCAAGUAUUUUGUGAAUUUUCAAGUCAUUCAAUUUACGGUUUUGACUCUUGUACCAAUUAUUGAACUAUAAAGAGUCCAAGUUAAUUGAGUUGAAGUUCAAUAAAUGUUUUGAUGUGAGCCUAGAAGUUUUAACAUGAAAUAGUUAUUACGCCAAAGGAAAGUACCAUGUUGGAAUGAAUUAAAAAGAUAUCACGUUGCUAUUAAUUGAAGAUAUUGACCACUAGAAAAAUUAUAGCUUAUAUACCGUUUGUUAGCUAGAAGUGUUGGUCCAGUUCUCUCUCAUUGCCUUCUAAGAAAAGAUUACAUUAACAAAGCUUAGACCUUCCAUGGAAAUGCAUUUAGAAUAUUAUUUGUUGCUCAGGUUCCGAAUUUUAUUAGGAUGUUAUAAAGAUGUACUAGAAGAUACCAUAUACGUUUUAGAGCAGAGCUGUGAUAUUGUUUGGGAGGUUGAAAUUACAUAACAACUUAUUGAGUCUUAAAGUCAAUUCAAUAUGAUUUUAGCACUUUUAAAAGCCUGUAACAAAAACUCUAAGAGACAAUUUCCUGUGAUACACAGAUUGCUAGCGUAGUAACCUUUAAUGAAAACUCUUAUAUUUCACUUAUAAUUAGUACACUGUACAACUGAUAAUGACCAUCUCAUUAGCCAUCAAUUUCAUUUACAAACAGAUCUUCACUCAUUUUUAAAGAACGACCUACAAUGGCCUCGGGAAAGUAAUCUUGACAAUAUCAUGCAGUUGGGAAUUGUUUAUAAAUGCAGUAUGGAGUUUUGGAGAUUAACCUGUUUGUGAAAUGUCGGUCUUGAUAUUGCAAUUAACUUAUUGAAUUAGACUUUA